AAAGCGAUCAUGGGUUCUUCUUCUAGAAAUUUGUAUGCAGGAAUAGGUGAAGGGCAAUCAACCACACGGCCACCUCUUUUUGAUGGAACCAAUUAUACAUAUUGGAAAGAACGGAUGAGAAUCUAUAUUCGUUCCACGAACUUCCAAUUAUGGUUGGUUAUCAAAAACGGGGAAGAGGUGCCGAUGAAGAAAGUCGGAGACAAGUUGAUCCCCAAGACCGAAGACGAGUUUGAUGCCGAGGACAUCAAAAAGGUCGAGAAUUAUGCAAAGGCAAUAAAUAUGCUUUAUUGUGCCGUAAAUCCUGAUGACUACCGCAAGAUCUCCUGCUGCUCAACCGCCAAGGAGAUGUGGGACAAACUUGAGCUCCCAUUUGAAGACCCCGUUCUCACUAAGGAUGACGUCAAGGUUUGUUCUAGACCAGACUACUACACGAUCGGCGCACUUCGCUGAUAAGGCCUAUCUUUUGUCCACAACUUUGGACUUUGCUCGUACGUUGACUUACUUUUCUCGGCCGUGUGGUGAUCGGUCCAUCCGAGCCCGCGAGCGCCUUGUGUUCUUUUUUGAACUUAUUUUGCAGGUUUGAAGGAUGAGAAGGCUAGGCUCAGCCUUAGCCACCGCGCUAGGAAGCCAUUAAUGGAGCCUUUGAGCUCUUGAAGAAGAAGAAAGAUACACACUAUUCUAGAGAGAGAAAGGAAGUGGACGGGGGAGAGUGUAAAAAUUGGCCUCCUCUCUCACUUAGGCAACCCCUUCUUUUAUAGGGAGGAGGGGGCAUCUUCGGAGGAAUAUUCUUUUAUUCCUCUAUUUUACUAAACAGGUCCGGUUUGACUGUUCUUCGUAAAUAAUUGGGAAAUGUGGGCCGAGCCACGUAUUAUUUUCCAUCAAGAAGUCCUCCACUUUUUUAAGUUGUGAGAAUCAUCAACUUAAAAAAGUAAAUAAGUCCUCCGAGUGAUAUCUUCAAUCUUCAUACUUUGGAUUCUUGACCGGUUGAUAUUUUUGCUAGUCCUCCGAGUCUUCAUUAAUUCUCUAAUUUCUUGAAUCAGAAGUUUUUCCUGCAAAAAAUAAUUUGUACAACAUUUUUUUUAACCGGCCUAUGUCGUGCUCAAAAAAUUAUUAUUUUUACCGAGGAGCUCGGUGUUAGGUGAUUAAGAUUCACGCCAAUAAUUAUCGUAACGAGAGCGAUGUCAGUUCGAUAAAGCAACGAUGCUUCAAAAAGUUAUUUCGUCGAGGUCGGUGUUAAUACGAGUCAAGCAAACGAUGCGUGACGAAAUUAGUAUACCGAUGACAACGACCUUAGUUAAUAAGAA